GCUUACUGGGAGUGGGAUCUAAACAUUAUCGAAGUGGUGCUGUUGCAGAGAGAAGGCAAUGGCCAUGGAAGUUGCAGUCUCCACCAAUUUCUGCGGAUACCCCCGGCGUAAUCCCUUCGUCAUCCACCGUCAACGACCCACAAGUACGGUCAAGGGUUUUGGACAAAACUCCAUCAUUCCGAAGACGAGGAUAAGGAGGUCUUGUCAUGUUCUUGCUGCUAAUAAUCCCAAAAGUGACGAUAAAGGUUCAAGCUGUGGGGAUUCUUACACCUCCCAGAUAUCUAUAUGUGAUACUACUGUACAAAUGGGUAGUGCCGCAGACCCAUUAUGUGGAGGAGAAAGGGGUGGUAAUGGUGAAGUAAGCAUUCUCAUAGGAGGACAGAAGGAUUAGAGAUGAGUGUUCCUCUUGUAAAUGAACAUUCGGUAACCAAUUUAUUAUCUUUGCAUAUUUAUGUUAAGUAGUUAGACAUUAACUGUAUGUGUACACAAAACUGUUGUUGCAUCGCCGCCUUCUCAUAGCCUUCUCUAGUGUUAGCUAAAGAGUAACUGAACAUGGUCAGUUAGAGGUUUGUCUGAGGCUCUGCGGAGCCUGUUGCCGGCCUCUGCUUCCAAAGCUCGACACAGCUUGAUAGCAUGGACUGCUCAGGCUUUGUCUGAAGGGAAGGACUUGGAAAGUAGUGAAGUUCUUUGUGCUGUUACAUUCAAGGUUGAGCAUAUAGAAAACCAGAGAAUCAUUUUUU